AACUUGCACUGACUGCACCGACACUCCCAACUUGGUCUUCAUUUAAAACUUUGAAGAAGUUUCUGAAAGUGGCGCCGCGCUUCCGCCUAACAUGUGCCUGCCUCUCCACUGUGCGGAUAGAAACGUGAUUGGGUAUUUCACAGUUUAAAAAGGCUCAGAGAAGGAGGGAGCAAGGGACAGAAGGCGCCCAGGGACGCGAGAGAGAAGAAGAGGGAGUGAGUGAGACGAGACGAGUCGGCGAGAGAAGGGAGAACGGGGGAGAAGACGGAGCGCACUCGGCUCAUCCAGUGGCCGCUCUCCGACGCUCGGUCGCGGCUCCAGGACGGAGCAUGACUUCCCCGCUGUCGCUGCUUCUCUGGCUGCGCUGUUCCGUGCUGGCGACCGGGUUCCUCGUCUUUGCCCCGGACUCCGGGACGCGGCCCGAGUCGGUGCAAUUUAAAGCCGAGCUCGCCCGCUCCUUGCGCACUGUCAGCCCCCAGUUCUUGUCGGUGGCUCUGGACGCCUCUCUCCUCCGGCAAAAGGGCCUGGAUUUACUCCGAUCACAGAAACUAAUCACUUUAGCAAAAGCCCUGUCACCUGGUUACCUGAGAUUCGGUGGAACUGGAGCGGACUUUAUUCUAUUUGAACAAAAUGGUCGUCCAUUUUCAUCACAUGAAAACAGCUGCAUGUCUCCAAAAACACAAGAUGACUGUCUAAGUCUUCUUCCUUUAAAACUGGAAAAUAUGCUGGUGCAUAUAUGGAGGAUGCAAGCACCCCACCUGCUGAAAAAUGAAUUCAACAAGGACUUACAGAACGUUACAAUCACAGGAGAAUCCUUGGACAUCCUGUACACUUUUGCACAUUGCUCUGGGCUUCAUUUGAUAUUUGGUCUUAAUGCCUUAUUGAGGAAAGAUCAUGUGUGGGACAGUUCAAAUGCUCAAAAGCUCCUUCAGUACUGUGCAUCAAGACAAUAUAACAUGUCCUGGGAACUUGGCAAUGAACCCAACAGUUUCAGACACAAAGUGGGUAUAAAGGUUCCAGGCACCCAGCUUGGAAAGGACUUCCAGCAGCUGUACAGUCUGCUGCACACAUUCAGGACAUUCAACCACACAAAGCUGUACGGGCCUGACAUUGGGCAACCUCGGAGACGUCGGAUUGUGACCAUGCUGAAAGGGUUUCUUCAGACUGGAGGGGAUGUUCUUGAUGCAGUCACGUGGCACCAUUAUUAUGUGAAUGGGAGGAAUGCAACACCUGAGGAAUUCCUGAGCCCCAAGGUGUUGGAUAGUCUUGUGUGGAGAAUUAAACAAAUUCUUAAGGUUGUGGCUAAAACAGUUCCUGGUAAGAAGGUGUGGUUGGGUGAGACCAGUUCAGCAUAUGGAGGAGGAGCUCCUGAUUUAUCAAAUACAUUCAUAGCUGGUUUUAUGUGGUUGGACAAACUUGGGCUGUCUGCUAAAAUGGGCAUUGACGUUGUCAUCAGGCAGGUUUUGGUUGGUGCCGCCUACUACCAGCUGGUGGAUUGGAGCCUUGACCCUUUGCCUGAUUACUGGCUUUCCCUAAUUUAUAAACAACUGGUAGGCACUAAGGUGCUGAAUGUGUCUACAGCAGACAGUGAUAAAGAAAAUGAGGGAAUCCUGCGCGUGUACAUGCAUUGUACCAACCCCACUAGCGAAAUCUAUCGGAAGGGAGCUGUGACCAUGUUUGCUUUAAACUUGAGCGCCCAAGACAAGGAGAUCGGUCUGUUCGACCCGUUCAAUAACAUUAUUCAGUUCUUGUUGCAACCUGGUGACAGCGAGGAAGGAUUACAUUCACAAUCUGUUAAACUCAACGGUCAGCUACUCAAGAUGGUGGAUCACAAGACCUUGCCUGUUAUCAAGGGGGAAGCACUACCGGCAGGACAUCCAAUCAUUGUCCCUGCACAUGCAUAUGCAUUCUAUGUGGUUCAAGAUGCCAAUGCACCAGCAUGUCUAUGAGACAACAUCAACAUAAUGGCACAAAAAACAUUGGCUUUGACUUGUUCUCACGGUUCACUAAAUUAUACAAUACCUCAUGGAAUUUGCAAAAUAUGUAAUUUAAAAAAAAAACAAGGAUUUUAUAGCAGUAACUGCUAGUGAUAUUUGGCAUCAUCUGUGGAGAGGGAAACAGAGUUAAUGUUAUGGGCCAAUGACCCUUCAGUGGUUCUAAUUGAGGAUCAUUCCAACUGAAAUGUUCACUCUCUUUCUCUCUCUGCAGAUCAUUGCCUGACCAGUUGUUUGUUUUCAACAAAAGACACAAAAUGGAGUGUCCUGCAGGACGUGGAUAGGUGACAUUUCGGGUCAGGACCUUUUCUUCGGACCCUUUGUUGUGUCCAGUGUUUUCUGUUUUUAUAUCAGGUUUACACCAUUGGCAGUUGUGUACUUGUCAAGGAUUUAUUAUCAAUGCCGAUUAAAAUAACAAGUCAAAUUUUCAUGUGGACUGUGCUGAUCAGGCUACAUUCUUAAGAAUGAGGAUGUCCCAGAUAUUGAGGGGAAAUGCAAGUGGACAUGGAGUUGCUGAUGAAGCUUACCUCCCAUUUCUCUGUUUCAUUUUGGUCUUUUUCCAUUGCUUUGAAGGAAUGGCGGUAAGACCUUCCAAUAAGUGUUCCUUCUAUACAAAGUAAAUAGUUUUAAAUGGGUUCUUAGUUUUAAAAUAGUCUUUUUACUUAAAACAUUAUAUUUUUAUUGAAUUUCCAAAAUGUUUAUGUUAACAUUCAAAUGGGUAUUUAGAUUUUCAGGUGCAUUUAGAUUUUUGGGUAGUUAGCCUUGUACAUUGUUUUUAAAGUCUUAACACAAUAGCACAGCUGGUAGCUGGUUUGCACGUUCUCCCUGCGACCACAUGGGUUUACUCCGUGUGUUAUGAUUUCCUCCAACAUUCUAAAGACAUACAGGUUCAUAGGUUAAAUGGCCUCUGUAAAGUGCUCCUGGUGUGCGGUUGAGAAAAUGGGCUAACGUAGUACUAGUGCGAAUGGGUGGAUAGAUGGUUGGUCUGGGUCAUAGGGCCAGUUUCAAGGCUGUCAUAGAAUAUGUCAAUUCAAUAAUUCUACAGUCAGAUCAGAUUCAGAUUCAACUUUAAUUGUCAUUGUCAGUGUACAGUACAGAGACAACGAAAUGCAGUCAGUUUCAUAAAAUCUGUCAACUCUAUCUAAAUUAUAUAAUUUUUGGUUUUAAUUUUUCAAACAUUUUUAAGUAAAAUUGGGGAAAGUCAUAGUGGUCUAAGAAUCUGGUGCAUUUUUGCAUUUCCAAAGCAAUAACCCAAUUUUUAAUCUAUUUUUUUGUUAGCCAUUCCAUUACAGUGAGCUAUUCCAUUUUGCCUCCAGUGCCUCAGUGCCAAAGCUUUCAAAUAACAGUUUGGGGAGUUUCUAGUUUUAAAGUUUUCUCGAAGCCAAUUGCAGAACAUUCAUUUUUCUGAAAAGCAAAGAAACCUGUAAUACUAGAAAUGUGAGAUGCAUACAGAAAGUACUGGAAAUACUCAAUAGGUCAGGCAGCAUCUACAGAGAGAAAACACAGAUUUAAUAUUUCCAUUGAAUGAUCAUUCCAAUGAUAAGUGAAUUAUGUUUCUUCCCCUACAGAUGCUGCCUGACCUGUUGAAUAUUUCAUGUAAUUUAUGUUUUAUCUUUUGAACCUCAGCUGUGAGUUCCAUUGAUGGAAAAUAAAAGUACUGUGUAUAUUUUUUUUAAAUGGGUUUUGUGGGGUUCGGGAAGUAAUCACUCAGGAUCAUGUUAGGAGCAGGCUCAAUAUUAGUUCUAUCACUUGUGAAUUACUCCUAGAGAAUUAAUAUAUUUGGUGUGAUACAAUCUUCUUAAUAAUCUGGAGAUAUUUCCUGGUCAUUUUUAUUACUGGCAUUUUAUUAAAGGCCUAUUCACUGGAUUAAUUUAAAAGAGAGUUAGAUAGAGCUUUAGGGGCUAGCAGAAUCGAGGGAUAUGGUGAGAAGGCAGGCAUGGGUUACUGAUUGUGGAUGAUCAGCCAUGAUCACAAUGUAUGGCAGUGCAGACUCGAAGUGACAAAUGGCCUCCUCCUGCACCUAUUUGCUAUGUUUCUAUGACUGUAAUUUAUUGUCAUGUUUUGAAAAAAGGAUGGGCAAUGUUUUUUGCAGAAAUAUUUUACAGGUUUAUCAAUUAAAAUAGUUAUUUACUCAUUGGUUUUCAAUUCAUGAAUAAAAAUCCAAAAGUUAAAA